CUUGCUGCUUGCCUGUUCCGGCACCACACUAGAUCAAAACAAACCCGAACACACGCACACACACACACUCAAACCAGCCUCCCUCACCUCCCGGGUUUUCCUAAACCAAACUAACCUGCCUCCUGCCUCACCACUGCAGGCAGGCUAUUAUUAUUUCAUCGCCAUCGUCACCAAUUUUCGACCACCAUCAGUCAUCAGUCAUCACCAUUCACCACCACCACCACCACCACCACCACCACUAACUAUCAUCACCAACAUAAUCACCAACAAUACCAACGCCGUAAUCUCCCCUCGCCUCCCAUCUCCCAUUCUCUCCGCACUCGAGUCGACUCGGAUGUCUCUAUCAACCAGCUUCCAGUCCAAUCUUGUCUCGAGCACAAGCACACAAAGCGCAGGCGGCCCGCUUGACCUAUUGACUCUCGUGUUUGCGCCCGCCCGCCCACUUUCGCAUUCCAUCACGCGAGGCACGGUCAUUAGCCAUCCGCCCGCCACGGUCGCCUGCAGCAGCUAGUUGCUGGCCGUGCCUGUCCAUCUGGUGAAAUCGCGCCGCCCGCUGCAACCACUUUAUCGCAAGGCCGCCCUCGUCAAGGGCUCACUCAAAUAGCGCGCGUGCACCUUGCACCUUGCACGUCAACCGGGUCCAUCGACUCCAUAACCCACCACCCACACGUCCGCCCUCCACUCCCUGCCUCCCUGCCCCCACUCUCACACAUCACAUCCCUUGCACUUUUUUCUUAUUUACUUUGCCUCGCGUCUCCCCGGCUGGGCCACACGUCUGAACCAUCUCUGUUCCUCCUGCAUGGUGUCCUCUACACCUCCGCUUUCCAGGCACCUGCAGCCCAUCGUCAUCAUGCCCAGCCCUUCAAAGCGCACCCAGCGCGCAAGGCGCGACUCGACGCGCAAGGAACUGGCAUCCGACCGCCCCGACAAUUCUUCUCCCUCGCGUCCUGCCAAGCGCAGAAAGAAGGCCGAGGAGAUAUCUCCUUCGCCCAAGGACAAUGCCGACGAGGAGCCCGAAUCCAGUCUCGCCGCAGACUCCAGUCUCGCCGCCGACGACUCUGUGAACAAUGCGAAGCCGUUCGAUUUUGUCGUCGAUAAAGUCGCCGAGUACCUGAAAGCCCCCACGAAUGUCGUCAUUCAAGCCAGCAAGGACCACUCAAACUCUCGCCUCACCGGUGAGGAUGGCAUCAACGCCUACGCUAAGAUUGUCGGGCUUGGGUGGACAUUCUAUGUCAAGAAGACCACCAUCAACAUCGGCCGCUCCUCUGACCCCCCGCAGCCUGUCGACCCAGACAACGACGAGGAAUUCAUCCACGUGGACCUGGGGCCAAGCAAAAUGAUCUCCCGCCGUCAUGCGAGCAUUUUCUUCAAUGGGGGCUCUGGUCGGUGGGUCCUACACGUAAAGGGCAGGAACGGCGUGAGGAUAAACGGCGUUCCCCUGCCUGUCGACGGAGGCCAGGCAUUGAGCAGUGGCGACGUGCUGGAAAUCGCAGCGAUCGAGAUGAUGAUGGUUUUGCCGGAACAGGAGCCCCUCAAAAUAUCUGAUCAAUACCUCGAGCGCGCAGGUCUGUCUGAGCGGGAUCUCCCUACCAAGACAGACGAGGCCCGUGUGAAUCCACCAAGCUCCACCACAGGCAGGCCCAGCUCUUCGCAGAGCAUCUACCAAAACCGGCAAGGACGAGGACAACAGGCUAUUGCGCCGGCUCCGCCUGACUACAAGCGCCCAGGGACGCCGCCGUCGUCUAUACGGAGCAAAACCCAGGCACUGACCAAGCCUUCGCCGUUCAUCAAGGGCACUCCUUCCGGGAACAUGAUUCUGAGUACCAACGACAUGGACCUGAGUCUUGAGGAGAACAAAGGCAUCAAGCCUCAGUACAGCUACGCACAGAUGAUCACACAGGCGAUAAUGAGCACCCGAGAUGAGAAGCUCAACCUGAACGGCAUCUAUACGUACAUCAUGUCCAACUAUGCAUACUAUCGGCAUCAGCAGCCCGCGGGCUGGCAGAACUCGAUCCGUCAUAACCUUUCACUCAACAAGGCAUUUGAAAAGGUUGCCAGGUCUACCGAUGAGCCUGGGAAGGGGAUGAAAUGGCAGAUCACGGCCGAGUGCCGUGACGAGAUGGUCAAGAAUGCCUGGAAGGGCGGUCGCGGUGGCCAUCGCGGCUCUUCCAACCCAUCCUCGCCCAGUGGGCUGAACUACAUAACCCAUGGCCCGCGAGAAAUGGCUGCUAAGGAGCCAAGUCCCCUUCGCAAGCGCAAGGUCUCGCCCUCUGGAUCACCUCAACCUCGGUCGGCUUUGCGAAUCUCGCACACGACGCCCGAGCGCAACACUCGCCGUCUCCAAUCCGAUGACACCGCGGAUAUCGUAGACGGCAGCCCUCUCCCAAAACACCGACAGUCAAGUGCUGGAGCUUCGGCUGCACUGAAUGAGACUGCUCCUCGUUCACCUCUCCUAACGUCUUCGUACCUCCCAGAGGACGGUUCGUCCCUGGUUACACCGGCUCCGCUCAAGAUCCAUCCUAGGCUCGCGCCUCCGAGCACGGCUCAGCGUCCGAGCCAGCACAUGCCCAUGAGCUCGCCCGCCCCCUUCUGGAAGUUUGCCGAGUACGGCAGCACCCCGAUCAAGCCCUUGGCAGAUAUCAGCCCCUCCAAGAAUCCGGGGCCAAUCCCCCAGAGCAGCAGCCCUCCACGCAUUGCUAAGUCUCCAACUGGUAGUCCCACCCAGAACGGCCGCUCCGCGACUCACGAACCAAUCAAGCCUGAUGAGCCCGAGGACGACGAGGAAGGCAUCGAUUUGACCAAGGGAUUCCAGAGUAUUAGCUCUUACCACGAGUCUCUGAAUGCUUCCAUGUCAAAGGGUUCGUUUGAAUCCACCAACGGGAGCAAGGCUUAGACGACUUCCCACACCAAGCAUCAUUAAUGCCUAAAUCGAGUUCUUUUGGUUUGAAGCUCUUCAGGAUAUCUAUCCGGCGAAUGAUUUCUGCGCACGAUGUGCUCCUGUGCCGUUCGGGGACCGUACAGGGCUAGUACAAAUCAGCCCAGGUGCCCAUCAUGCUGUGCCGUCAGAGCCUGGUAAUAAGCUGGAACCCGAGUUUCAGACUACAGGGUGUAUCGCAGGAACUGGAGCUGAACAGCUCCAAAUUCACCCCAAACCCACAGGGUAAAGGACCAUGAAAUACGCAACUACAUCCCAGUCUUACGGACACGGCGAAUGCCCUUCUUUUCUGGCCUUGCUUCGGUACUGAAGCAUUCCCGGACUACAUGGCAACAACUGCCCGCCUUGGCCUGGUUUUCUUCUUGGGCCCCUUCCACACGUCGGAAGUUCUGAUCCCACUGUACUACUUACUGUACCAUAUCGCUACUUUUUGUUUGAAUUGACUGAAGCCGUACUUUAGCUACCAGAGCGACCACCCAGUCAGCAGGAGUUUAGGGGUUCUUGCAUUGAUGACCAUGCUCGUGGCCAUGCGAUCGGAACAGUUAUGAGUUGAUGAUAUCUCGGCCACUGCUCUUUAAUCUUUCUUUCCUUCACGGGACGAGUUGAGGGUCACUCGGCUCCAGUCAUGUAUGAUUACGAUGUAUGCUUUACGCUUAACGCAUUACGCUUUAUCGGGGUAGAAAAAGCGGGCGGGUUUUGGGUUUUGGGCUUCGGUAUUCAGGCGACCGGCCCAAAGAAGCGAUGGUUGGAGCGGGCAAUCAUCGCACUGCCUUAUGAGUUUCACAUUUAUGCCCACGGAUUCAAAACAAUUGGCAGUUCGAUUUCCA